CACCCACCCAACCCUUUUUGCCCCAAGCUUCCACUUUCAAGUUCCGCUGAGGCUUUGAUGACAGCUACAGCCAAGCCCUCAGCCCAAGGAGUUCUUGGACCCCAGACUUUUGUAGAAAAGGUGUGCGCAGCUUUGAGUUUUACUUCAUGCCAUCAAACGAUUCGAGACAAAAAACGCUACUGGCGAAAGAGUGUGAAGACCUCGCACCUGGGAGCGCUGAGCUACAACGCAACGUGCCAGUCAGUGGUGGUUGUUGAUUGAGUCAGGACGUUGAAGCAGUUGGAAAGGUUUGGUGUGAUCGCCCAGUUGUUCCAAGAGUGUCUUCACACAGCACCUGACCGUCAUGGCAAACUACUGCGUAAUUGCGACCUCAUGUUUCUGUGACCCACACUGCGACAGAAUUGCGCAUGCGUCAGACUCAUUUCUCGAUGAAGGCUCCAAGUCUUUUCACCACAUCAAGGGUUGGGCAGGCCCUAGGCCCUAGCCCGGGCGUGGGCAGCGUGGUGGCCCGGGCGUGGGCGGGAAGCGCUUCCUGCCCUAUCCUUGAGCUCCAUGGCCCAAACACAUGGCAUGUCCGAGAACAUGUCGGCGAAGCAUCGCUGUGAGCGUGGUCUUCCUGUUGUCUGUGGUGCUGGCCAUCUCUUUGAACUCCAAGAUCGCCACAUCGAAAAGUUUCACUCGGCCACUGCUCACCUUAGUGCACAGCCGAGACCCUGUCCGAACCACGACGCAGGCGACACAAGAUGACAUAGAUUCUCAAAUGACGCACGACGAGGUCUCUGAGAAUUGGACGGCCUGGUCAUUUGAGAGCUCAGAGCAGAACCUGGAUCCAUCUCCCGACAGAGGCACCAGUCCUGUACCUGACACAAUUCACUCAACGACUGGCGCUCCGGUCAUGGUCAAUGUCCCGUCCCACGCCGAAGCCUUCUGUCGCUGUGCCCAGCUGGGCGGCACGACGCCGCCGGAGGGCCUUGAGAACUGGGCGGAGGUGGAGUUGCAGAAGCUUCUGAAAGAGAUGCGGGAGCGGCUGCGGCUGUACAUCUAUCCCACCGACUUCCAUUGCGACCAACGUAGGCCCAAAAACACCAAUCGCGGGUAUAUGGCGGAGUGGAACUUCUACGAUCGAGCGCGGAAGUCCUCGUUGCGAGUUCAAGACCCUGAGAAUGCCAGCAUCUACUACAUUCCAACCUUUACAAGUUGCUGGCGGUCACAAGGUAGGAGCAGAGGAGAAGGAGGACAGCAAGCAGGAAAGCGCAUGCAGCAAAUGCUGAAGGAUGUGGCAUCCAACUUUCCCUUUUUCCAGAGGAACCAUGGACAGCGGCACAUUUGGGUCUCCGCUCAUGACAUGGGCAAAGCCGAGCCUCUGCUUGUUGGAUGCAAACAGAACACUGGUCCUAGCUUGUGCAGCGAUGCUGCACUGAGUUUGACAGAGAUGUUGGCGAAGAACAGUUCCGCCUUGGUCAACACGGCGGACGAUGCCGAGCACACGAAGUUGGAGAGCUUCGCCGCGUACGGCUUCAACAGGCACUUAGACGUGCCCUUAGUCUGCAAUGGUGAUACAUCUUUCGCUUCAAGGGGUGCUCGAGUGCCUCUCACGGGGCGUCCACGAAAGAAUUCCGUCUUCUUUGCUGGACGAUGGGAUCAGAACUACGUCCCCGUGCGCUUCAUUGCCAUCAGGAGCAUUAUGGAAGCAAAGCUGCAUAAACCAACGAGUUUCAACAAGAAGAUUGGCCCUCAGGCCUACGAACGGAGCUUGGCCGAGUCGGAUCUGUGCCUGGCGCCGCGCGGCUCGCGGGUGUGGAGCCCUCGGCUCUUCGAGAUGAUUUGGUUCGGUUGCAUCCCCGUGAUCAUUGCUUCAGGGUAUCACCUGCCCGCGUCUUGUUUCUUCGACUGGAGGGAAUUUUCAAUCUUCAUCGAAGACAAAGAUGCUCACAAGGCCGGGCAGAUUCUCAAGACAUACUUGGACGACCCAAAGCGGUUGGAACAGAUGAGGCGCAAAGUCUUCCGAAUUCGGAAGACUUUCAUGUGGCAUGACGAGGACACCAAUGGAGAUGCUUUCGAACUGGCUUUGCUGGAUGUCUACCUUAAGCAGCAAAGACAAUGUGGCUGA